AGUGUUCCACCCAUUCUGUUUCAACCAGAAAAGCCAAUAACUAAAGUGAGUCCACCCAUUCUGUAUCAACCAGAUAGUCCACCCAUUCUGUAUCAACCAGAUGGGUCAAUAACUAAAGUGAAUCCACCCAUUCUGUAUCAACCAAUUACUAAAGUGAGUCUACCCAUUCUGUAUCAACCAGAUAGGUCAAUAACUAAAGUGAGUCCACCCAUUCUGUUUCUACCAGAUAGGUCAAUAACUAAAGUGAGUCCACCCAUUCUGUAUCAACCAGAUAGGUCAAAAUCUUAA